AUGCCGUCUAGCAUUGCAAUUUCGGCCAACCCAGUUCUGCUGAUCUCCUCCACCGCCGCUCCUCGCCAACCCCGCCGCCCGAUCCCCUCAUCUCUUCCCGCCAUCUGGCGCGACAUCCAAGGCGCCGACAACUGGCGAAACCUCCUCCACCCCAUCCUCCGACACGAACUCCUCCGCUACGCUCAGUUCGUCAUCUCCUCCUACAAAUCCUUCGACCAAGACCCCUCCUCCCCCCGCUACCUCAACUCCAAAUAUCCCAUGCCCACCAUCCUCUCCCAAUCCGGUCUCCCCAAUGCCCCCUACCAAGUCACCAAAUACCUCUACGCCACCCCCGCCGCCUCCACUCGCUCCCACUGGAUCGGCUACAUCGCCGUCUCCGACGAUCACUCCCUCUCUACCCUCGGCCGCCGCGACAUCCUCGUCUCCUUUCGCGGAACUGUCACCAACACCGAAUGGCUAACCAAUUUCAUGAGCUCGCUCGCCACCGCUCGUCUCGACCCGUUCAAUCCCCGCCCCGACGUCAAGGUCGAGUCGGGCUUUCUUACUCUCUACACAUCCGCGUCUUUUCGCGCGUCAUUACUAACCGAAAUUUCUCGGAUUGUGAAUUUGUACAAGAACGAUGAUGAGCUUAGCAUCACGUUGGCCGGGCAUAGUAUGGGAAGCUCGCUCGCGGUUUUGUUCGGGUAUGACUUGGCUGAGCUUGGGUUGAAUCGGGUCGGGUCGGGUGCGGGGAUUAACCGAGUUAUACCGGUAACGGUUUUCUCGUACGGUGGGCCGAGGGUUGGGAACUUGGGUUUUAAGGCACGGUGUGACGAGCUUGGGGUGAAGGUGCUGAGAGUGGUGAAUGUGAAGGAUCCGGUGACCAAAAUGCCGGGGUUGUUUUUGAAUGAGAACUUGAGGUUGCCGUGGAGCGGCGGUGGCGGCGGCGAUGGCGGCUCGUGUUAUGCACAUGUGGGAGUUGAAUUGGCUUUGGAUUUCUUUGAGAUGGAGAAUUAUCCGGCUUGUGUGCAUGAUUUAGAGGCUUAUGUUGGACGGCUUGAAGGGAGUGAUCAUGAGAUGGAGAAGGGUGGAGGAGGGGAAAAUCAUGGUGAUUUCUUAAGGAAGGAGGAGAGGGGUUUUUUUAAUCUUAUUUUCCAGAAAUUUGUUGAAUGGGCGCCUUGGCUACAAGAUAGAGUCAGGAAUGUUAGUGCAUGA